CCUCACGUCUUACUCCUUGUGGUAUAAUCUGCGCUAUGGAGCAUCACAAUACAGCUGUCAAGGCAAUUGCCUCCGAGGUCGAGCGCUUCCACCAGCUCCAACGACCGUUCCGCAUCUACCAUGGCUCAACCAACAGCACGCGCCAAUCCCAGCAUGGUCCGGAUAAUACCAUCUCGACUGCGGACCUGACUCAUGUUCUGGAUGUCAACACGACCACUCAGACGGCUCUCGUCGAGCCCAAUGUCCCAAUGGACGCCCUCGCCCAGGCCACCGCGGCGCAUCACCUAGUCCCGCUGGUGGUCAUGGAAUUCCCCGGCAUCACCGUGGGCGGGGGCUUCUCCGGAACGUCCGGAGAAAGCAGCUCAUUCCGCCACGGGUUCUUCGACGCGACAGUAAACUGGAUUGAAUUUAUCCUCCCAAACGGCGAGAUCACCCGGGCUUCGAAGACCGACCGGACGGAUCUGUUCUGGGGCGCUGCGUCGGCAUUCGGUACUUUGGGCGUGGUGACCAUGCUCGAGGUGCAGCUGCGCCCCGCCAAGCCGUUCAUAGAGCUGCGCUACCAUUCCACCUCGAGUAUGGACGAGGCCAUGCAUGUGUUCCGGACGGUCACAAACGACCCUAGCACCGAGUACCUGGACGGUAUUGUCUACGCGCGGGACCAUGUCGUCGUCUGCGCGGGGAAACUAGUCGACGUCCCUCAUACAGCACCAGUACGUCUCACUAGACCAUGGGAUGAAUGGUACUAUUUACGUGCCCAGAACCGUAGUCACCAGUCCUCAGGUCCAACACUAGACCAAGCUGCAGUCGACUACAUCCCCCUCGCCGACUACCUCUUCCGCUACGACCGUGGGGCAUUCUGGGUAGGCCGCUACGCGUACAGCUAUUUCUUCGUCCCGUUCAUUUACCUCACGCGUGUCUUGCUGGACUGGUUCAUGCACACCCGGGUUAUGUACCACGCCUUGCACGAAAGCGGCCACGCAAAACGGUACAUCAUCCAAGAUGUGGCGGUGCCAUACGCCGGCACGAGCGAAUUCGUCGACUGGCUCGACAACAAGGAGAACUUCGGUGCGUACCCGAUCUGGCUCUGUCCACUGAGACAUGGUCCCGAGGUUAUGGAGCGGUCUGUUUCUGCAGCUGAGAAAAGCACUGGAUCCGAAUUCGAAAAGAAGCCAAACGCAACCACGGACGAUGAUUACCUCAUGAAUUUUGGCUUAUGGGCGCCCUCGCGCCAUCCAAGUGACCGCUCUGCAUUCCUAGCGCAGAACCGUCGUCUCGAACGGAAGGUUCUCGAUCUGCAGGGGAAGAAGUGGUUGUAUGCGCAUGCGUACUACACCGAAGAUGAGUUCUGGUCUAUCUACGAUAAGAAGCAGUAUGACGCGUUGCGGGAGAAGUACCAUGCGUCCUACCUGCCGGAUCUGUAUCAGAAGGUGCGUGUUGAUUUGAGUCCGCAACAGGGGCCUCAGAAUUGGGUCGAUUGGGUGAAGAGCGUGGUUUGGGAGAUUCGGCCUGUUAGUGGGCUAUAUGGGGUGUAUAAAGCGUUCAGGGGAGGAGAGUAUUUCAUCCGAAAAAGCAAGACGGGGUGAAUGCCGGUGGUAUUUCUAGAUGUACAAGAAAGUCUAUACCAUAUCUAUUCAUAAGCCAUAUUGUUCAUCACUGCCAUCAAGAAAUCAAAUCUCCUCACUCCUCGAUCACAAUCCGUCCUUCUAGUCGUGGUGCAAUUCCUUGCGUCCAUGCGGGAGUGUACUCGAAUUCACCCUCGCCGUGAUUCAAGGCAUCGAGCCGCGACGAGCGCAAUCCCGUCUUCCGCAUCCAUUUGCGCAACACCUGACGCGCGAGUCUUAGUCGGUACUCUUCUUCCGCGGCAGAUUGCGCCGGGAGUGUCACAUAGUUGGUCAUGGGUUGGGCCGUAGUCAAGAUAUCCGGAUCGUCAUCAGAGUCCGAGUCCAUGACAUCCUCUUCCGCUUCGGCCUCGGCUUCUGCGUCUUCUUCUAUCGCCGCGAUCUGG